AUGGGGACAAAGGUAGUUAUAGUUCUGUCGUUACUGGGAAUCGCUGAACAUUAUGUAAAGUCUGAGAAUAUUGUGACGAAAACAGUAGCGGACAAUGUUAGUGCGGAAAGUGUAUCCCGACUUUACCGAAACGGUCCUGUGGGUGUUUACGCCGGUGCUGCUCCCUAUGCCGCGUAUUCUUUUCACGUGCCCUCAGUGAUAGCACCGAAUAAUAUCCCAGUUAAGGAAGAAACUAUUCUCGUACAGAAUACAAAUGGUUUUUUGAAAGAUUCCUAUGGAAACAAAUAUUUACAGACACCGCAAGCUCUGGCGUAUAGAACAACGUUUCCAAGGCAAUACGUGCAAUUGCAAAAUUUGCCAGCCCAUUUAAGCCAGCCACUGGUAUCACCCAGCAGUCAGUUUAAGCAGCUGACACCACAUUUCUUCUCAACAUCUCAGUAUAAUUUGCAAGGUGUACAGUCGUUGCCACAAACAACCCUUAGUCGAUACACUGUACAACAACAACCGUUUGCUUAUGGUAACAUACAAACGUUGGCUCCCAAUUCGAUACUAUAUACUCAGUAUCAGCACCAAGCUGCUCAACCGCAGUCAACUGGUAACAAAAAUGUAUACGCUAAUGCACCUGCCUCGGAAAAUUCAAACAAUAUUCAGAUUGAUCCCAAAUUUCAACGCUUACAGCAAGGAGGCCAGGGGAAUUUUCACAACAUAGAUACAAAUCCAUCUUUUCAACACACGGCACAAACUGAUAAUUUGCAAAAACUGCAACAGGCACCAAAGCAAACAACUAUUACAACAUUGUCUAAUGGCCAAAAGAUAUCCGUAAAUUUGGUAACAAAACCACCUCUUCCUCUAUUGAACUUAAAUCUUUUACAACCUCUAACAUUUGCAAAUCCUGUGGUACCUCAAGUGCAGCACUACUUACCUAGAUUAAAUGAAGAAACGUUUGACAAGAUUCCAAACAAAAAUGUAGACGAAAUCCAAACCCAUCAGAUGGAAUUUGUUGUACAGAAUACGAAAUCUUAUGACAGUGAAGAUAAACCCAAGAAUAAUAUAAAUAAAGCGACUCAGGGUGAUGAGUCUGCUGAAGAUAACGAAAGCUUAAAUCCAACUCACUCUGCAGAGAAUGAGGGUCCCGAAUUUACUUACGAAAUUAAAUCCCCGAAUUACAAGGAAACGUAUUCGAAACAAAACAUUAAUUACAAUAAAGAAACUGAGUCGGAGCCUGAAACUUACAACUAUGAAACUAAAUUAGAAGGUAAGCCAAUACAUUAUAGUUAUGAAAAAAAUACUAACAAGAAGCCAAUUGUUGUUAGUUAUGAACGUCAUAUAGAAAAGGUCCCAGUUCAUCAUUCUUAUGAGGAACAUACAGAAAAGAAGCCUAUUCACUAUACUUAUUUUAGAACUGUCAAGGAACCCAUUCAUUAUACUACUAAAAAUACUCAAACUCCAAAACAUUUAGUGUAUACUAUCAAACCAGAGGAACAAGACCGCUUUGAACAAACCAAAGGAUCUCACCAUCAAACUAGGGAAAACUCCGAAGUUAACUCUGAGGAGUCUGAUGAAAAUAGGAAGAUUCAAGACUAUGAAGAUAGGAACAAGGAGAAAAAUCAUGGCCAUCAUGUACGUUAUGUAGAAUCUACUAAAGAUACCCACCAAUUUAAACCAGAAGACAAUAAUGUCCAGUAUUACCAUACUAAAAAUCAACAAGAUCCCAAUAUUGUAAAACACUACCACGUACCACAGUUAUUUAUUAAUCACGUUCAUAAAAAUGUCGCUCCAAAGCAACGUGAACAGGAACACUUUCAACCAGUAGUUCCUGAAUAUGAAGGAAACACAAAACAUUUUCAUACAGGCAAUGAACAAAUAAGGGUAGAUCCUAAUCAACAUAUUCAAACGCCAAGAAAUUCUCCUCCACCUCAAAACCACCCAGUGACUUACGAAUAUACACGAUCCCACCUUUCUGCAGCGCCAAUCGUGAAAGGAAAUCCUAAACAAGUACAAAAUGAACCAGCUGAGGAAGAAAAGGAACCAGAAGAUACAUAUAAAGCACAAGAAAAUAGCGAAGAAAAUUUCGAAAAGAGUUAUAAAGACGCUGCCUUUGGGUUUGCUGCAUAUGAUUCCCCACGAGAUGAUUCUGAAAGAGACAUCUAUAAACCAGAAUCGUAUGGUGCACCCCGCUAUUACUCUGAGUACAAUAUAGAGAAGAGCCCAUUUAAACAAUACGAAGGUGAAGGGGAUGAUUUCCCGAAAUCUACAAGAUCAAAUUACAAGGAUGAGAGGGACAAAAUGCAUGAAGAUUAUUUUUUAGAUUACGCAGUUAGUAAACCGACAAGCCUUCGAGAUAGUUUCAGAAAUAAAGAGAGUUACUUUAAAAUGUUUAAAAAGAAUAAACCCGAAAGUUACUAUCAUAACGAAGAUGACGACAAAAAGCAGUACGCGAAAUACACUGUUCCGACUUUUGAAUUUUAUGUGCCGAAACAAAAGCAACACGGCUCAAACCAGAAAUCGACUUCUCAUGUAUAUGAACACAAUUAUUCGAGUGAGGAGCCCCGAGAUGCAUCUGCUUAUGCAUCCCGACCUCUACAUAGGUAUAAGAGUAAAACACAAUUUGUAGAACCACAGUUUCAGUAUGGCUUUGAACCCAUAUCACUACCGCAACUGUUAGACAGCGAGUUAGCAGCAAUGGCUUCUAAUAAUAAUCCUAAAAGCGAGAAACAAGGAACGCGGAAAAAGAUUUACAAAGAAAAUUUAUACAUUAAAAAAACUAGCACGAAAGGUGGAAAGAAAACAAGUCGAUAA